AUGGAAGUGGCCAACAAUGUUACUGAGUUUAUAUUCCUAGGACUUUCCCAAGAUCCUGGAAUGCAGUUGAUGUUAUUUGUAUUAUUCCUCCUCUUCUACAUUGUGAUCAUGGUGGGAAAUUUACUCAUUUUGCUUACAGUCUUUUCUGAUCGCGAGCUCCACACACCCAUAUAUUUCUUCCUUAGUAACCUGUCCUUUGUGGACAUUGCCUAUUCAUCAGCCACAGCCCCCAAGAUGAUUUCAGACUUUGUUUCUGAAAAAAAGACUAUAUCCUACUGGGGAUGUGUAGUCCAGAUGUUUACCUUUCAUUUUUUUGGUUGUGCUGAGAUCUUUGUUUUAACUGUCAUGGCUUUUGACCGUUAUGCUGCCAUCUGCCACCCUCUCCGUUACACUAUCAUCAUGAGUGUCAAUGUUUGCACCAUUCUGGCAUCACUAUCCUGGUUGGGAGCCUUGGGUCAUUCCUUUUUCCAGACCCUCCUGAUCUUUCAGCUGCCCUUUUGCAAUGCUCAGGUCAUAGACCACUACUUUUGUGAUGUUCACCCAGUCCUAAAACUUGCCUGUGCUGAUACAACCCUGGUUAAUAUAUUGGUUAUUGCCAACAGUGGUCUCAUCUCCUUGGGGUGUUUCCUCAUUCUUCUGGCCUCCUACACAAUCAUUUUAUUUAGUCUUCGGAAACGGUCUACAGAAAGCCGGCGUAAAGCUCUCUCUACCUGUGGCUCUCAUCUGAUGGUAGUGACUUUCUUCUUUCUCCCUUGCAUCUUUAUUUAUCUUCGUCCAUCCACUACUUUCCCGCUGGACAAGGCUGUGUCUGUAUUUUAUACCACAAUAACUCCAAUGCUAAACCCACUCAUCUAUACUCUGAGGAAUGAGGAUGUAAAGAAUGCCAUGAAGAAAUUAUGGAAUCACAAGGUAUCCUCCAAAGAAAAGCAAAAAGGCUAG